AUGGAAGGUGCACACCUUGAAGAUGUCGACGAAACAGACGAUCGCAAGGCAGCACAACUAUUACUGCAGUGGCUUGCAGCUCAGGUGCAGGACUGUGGCAGGAUAUCGGAAGAUGCACUCAAGGACGAAGAAGGAGCUUGUGGAGCCGAAAGCGAUGGAUGCAUAUGUGCUGCAUUACGGGAGAUUGUGCUAGAAAGAGACGAAGUCUCCAGAUAUGAGAAGAUAGAUGGCAUCUCCUCUGAAGCGGAAGUUUCCAUGAAUCUUGUUGACUAUGCGCCUCCCUCCCUAGCCAGAAGACGCGCCGAAUACUCGGAGAAUGACCUCGAGCUUGCUCAGCAUGAAAUAGUUCUCCUCCGGUCAAGGAUAGCCCAGACAAAGCAGGCAGCACAACAAAUGUCAAAAUCAGUAAAGCAAUUUCAACGCGUUGCAUACGACCUCGAUGCCAAGAUGCGUAGCUCUGAGGAUCGGCUGGCAGAGCUUUCCAUUGCUGCGGAUGCAACCAUCGCGUCGACUGUCACUGAAUCAAACGAGCUGCUCUCCGUGCUAACAGGUCCGCUUUGCAAAAUUCCCCAAGAGAGCCCGAAAGGAAACGAGGACUUGGAUUUGGCAAGAACUUAUCUUGAAACCGUCAGGAAGGAUCUCUCUGCAAUCACCUCCUCUGUGCGUGAAAACGAGCAGGGUUCAGCAACCUUGCACCGUGACGAAACCGUUAAGAUCGAUGAUGUGAACCAGCAAGCCGGCCGCCUACGAAAAGCGUUCGCAUCCAUGUCCGGUCACCUUCCUCAGACCCGGCAGGAUGAACUCGCAAGGAAGGAGUUUCUGGAGAUAUGUCUUGCCUUGGAACACGAAGCAACUGUACGCGAGACAGAAAUGCACAAACCUGAAGAUCUGGACGUAAAUGAAGUCCUAAGCGAGGCAUGGGCCCUGGACCAAACUGCCUUGUUGGAGUCAGAGGAAGGUUUUCUAGAUCAGAUUCUAGUUUCACUAGGCACCAUCUUAGAACCUCUCGAGAGAGUGCAAUCUUCACUUUCACAGCUUCCACCAUUCAUCGAAGAGGCAGAAGCUCUAAUCGAAACAUUUGGAGAGGAACUCGGCGAUAUAAACCUGGAUAAUCUAACCGAGAACGAGGGUGUCACACGGGCUAGAAGAACCAGACAAGACGUAGAAAUGGAGAAAGAGCUGAAGCGUGUGCUUAACGAGAAUAAAGAACUAAGACCUCAAGGCGCUCCACCACUGCUUCUACUCACCCGGGAAGACAUUUUGGAGGAACUGCAUUCCAUGAAGCCGCGACAACUGGCUCUUGAAAAGUCUGAAAUGCUUUUGCUACACGACAUUUCCCGCCGAUGUUCUGCCAGGCCAAUUAAUGCUUUCCUACCAAAGGUCUAUGCGAAUUCACCUCUAAACACGUCAACGCCGUUCGCGUUCCCAGCCUAUGUGCAGGAUUUGGAGAAGAGGACGAGGACAAAAACCGCUGAACUACACAACUUGGCCAGCGCCUCGGAGGAAGAGGUUCGCGAGGCCUUCGCAAAGUCUAGUAACACGAAACGGCUGGACGCGUUCAUUGACAAAUGGUCUGGUGAGAACCCCUCAUUUUGA